CCUCACAGUGCGUCUGGCCGGCGCUUUAUAGCUGCAGCCUGGGCGGCUCCGCUAGCUGUUUUUCGUCUUCCCUGGGCUAUUUCUGCUGGGCGCUACGCGAAGAUGCAGCUCAAGCCGAUGGAGAUCAACCCCGAGAUGCUGAACAAAGUGCUGUCCCGGCUGGGGGUCGCCGGCCAGUGGCGCUUCGUGGACGUGCUGGGGCUGGAAGAGGAGUCUCUGGGCUCGGUGCCAGCGCCUGCCUGCGCGCUGCUGCUGCUGUUUCCCCUCACGGCCCAGCAUGAGAACUUCAGGAAAAAGCAGAUUGAAGAGCUGAAGGGACAAGAAGUUAGUCCUAAAGUGUACUUCAUGAAGCAGACCAUUGGGAAUUCCUGUGGCACAAUCGGACUUAUUCAUGCAGUGGCCAAUAAUCAAGAUAAACUGGGAUUUGAGGAUGGAUCAGUUCUGAAACAGUUUCUUUCUGAAACAGAGAAAAUGUCCCCUGAAGACAGAGCAAAAUGCUUUGAAAAGAAUGAGGCCAUACAGGCAGCCCAUGAUGCCGUGGCACAGGAAGGCCAAUGUCGGGUAGAUGACAAGGUGAAUUUCCAUUUUAUUCUGUUUAACAACGUGGAUGGCCACCUCUAUGAACUCGAUGGACGAAUGCCUUUUCCGGUGAACCAUGGUGCCAGUUCAGAGGACACCCUGCUGAAGGACGCUGCCAAGGUCUGUAGAGAAUUCACCGAGCGUGAGCAAGGAGAAGUCCGCUUCUCUGCCGUGGCUCUCUGCAAGGCAGCCUAAUGCUCUGUGGGAGGGACUUUGCUGAUUUCCCCUCUUCCCUUCAACAUGAAAAUAUAUAACCCCCCAUGCAGUCUAAAAUGCUUCAGUACUUGUGAAACACAGCUGUUCUUCUGUUCUGCAGACACGCCUUCCCCUCAGCCACACCCAGGCACUUAAGCACAAGCAGAGUGCACAGCUGUCCACUGGGCCAUUGUGGUGUGAGCUUCAGAUGGCGAAGCAUUCUCCCCAGUAUAUGUCUUGUAUCCGAUAUCUAACGCUUUAAAUGGCUACUUUGGUUUCUGUCUGUAAGUUAAGACCUUGGAUGUGGUUUAAUUGUUUGUCCUCAAAAGAAAUAAAACUUUUCUGCUGAUAGGAUA